AUGGACCUCCACCUGUUUCUCCGGCGGUCCUCAUUUACCAUCUUCAUCAGCGCCUACGCCGCAUCCAGUGACUACUUCUGGCGAAGCGAAGAUAAGUUCUUCAAGGACCUGCACACCCUCCUGGCGUCUGUGCCGAAGGCGGACAAGCUAGUUUUCCUUUUUGGCUUCACAGCCCUCAUUGGGACAGACCGGUAUCUGGAAGAGAGUGUUGGGUCCCCCAAGGAAUCGGUGGCCACAGCGAACAUGGCCUACUUAUUCCGUAAACCUGCACAGAACAGCGCCUCCUCCUGA